AUGAACAAAGGCAAAUCCUUUUCUUUGUUCCACUGGCUUUUUCUCCUGUGUCUUUUCAUCACCCAUCUAUCUUUCUCUCAUGUCCUAGCUGAUUCCCACUUCGAAGGAUUUGAUGCCGAGGACGAUGACGCUGUCGACGAAGAACCCUUAGACCACCACGAGAUCCGACCGCCUCCUUUAACUCAGUCCGACUCACAUCCCACCCCAGAUCCCGAAACCCAGUUCAAUCCCGAUCCGAACCCGGUUCCCACUUCGGAUUCUCCGCCCCAAUCGGAUCUUCAGAAGCCAUCCACCACCACUUUCGAGUACUGGGAUGAGGAUGAAUUCGAGGGCUUACCUGUUGAACAACCGCCACCUGAACCUCCAAAAGUUACUGAAAAUGCCACUCCCGAUGAUGCAGAUCCAAAGACAACCUCGAAACCCCCAAAAACUGCUGUUUCGAAGAAGUCCUUUACGGUGGAGAUUAUUUGCGGGGCUUUCUUGAUUGCCUUUGUAAUCAACUACUUCACUGGUAAACGUGAAAACGAGAACCUUGCGUUGGCAUGGGCAGCGAAAUUUGCGACAAAAGGUUCAAUCUUUGAGAAAAAUUUCAGUCUUUUGGGUGUGGGAGAAGGGGAGGACUCGCCGUUACUGUUAAAAGAAGGGCAAACCGUGUUCAAAUUCUAUGCCAGUGGACGAAGAUACUGCCAGGGGUUGUUGGCAACGAUGGAGUUGAAGAGCAGGCACGAUUUGAUAUCGAGAUUGUUUAAUUUGGUGGUCCCGUGUAAGGAUGAGAUUAGUUUUGAGGUUUAUAUGAAUGAGGAAGCGAUGGACCAGGUGGUUUUCGCGGUGGCAAAGAAGAAGGCGGCAAAAGGGAUGCAAAAAGAGGUUAGAGAUUUGCAGAGGUUUGCUGGGUUGGUGGCGAAUCCUAGUGGAAGGAAAUGGGUGGCGGAGGAACUUUCGGUGAUCUCUGAAUCGAAGGAGGUUGCUGGGGAUUUGAUCACAGAGGCCGUACUUGAGCAGGUUUUUGGUGACAGAGCUUUUGAGAAAUACGGAAAGGAUUUCAUUUCGAUGCAUUUUUCAGACCAACAUCCUGGCACACACAAGAAGAUGCUCUUGUUCAAGUUUGGUCUCCCUGAUGCCAACCACAUGGCUGACAUGACUCGCUGGGUGGCUCUUGUACCAUACUACAUUGAUUUAAUUGGCCGAUUCAAGCUCAGCUCACAGGCUCGAUCAAAAACUGAAGCGGCUAGAGUGAAGGCUGCUCAAGAGGCAUACAAAGAACUUCAAAAUGCUAGGCAAGAAGCCUUGCAGAAAAAGAAGGCAGAGAGGAAAAAAAUGUUAGAGGAGGCUGAGGCAAAGCUCAGUGCAGAAGCAGUUCGCAAGAAAGAAGCAAAAGAUCGUGCUCGUCAGAUGAAGAAGGCAAUGCCAAGAAUGAAGAUGACCCGUGGGCAUUAGAUGUUUUCAUUUUUCUAUAGGCGCCCGGCUGGACUCUAUUAAUAUGGUGUUAUUGGCAUUUGCUGGUUUUUAGUUCCUUGGUUUCUACAUCCUCACAGCAAUGUAUUUUAGUUCUCAUUACGUUAGCUACUCUCCAACAUCACAACAUUGUGGGCUUUGAAUGUAGCCGAAGAUAGUGCUUCAGAAACUUGAUAAACUCUUCCUCCAUAGAUGACAUUUCGGCAUUGUUUGGAGCAAUUAUUAUCAAGGAAUGAUUUUGAUGUUCUUGAUUA